UCAACAGUUCAUGUUUACUCUAAAUUAAAGACGGGCGCAACUCAAAAUUUGAUCAACUGCAGACAACCAUGGGAUAAGAUUAAUCUCCGAUAUUACGCAUAAUCAGGUACUUAUCCUGAUAACUCGAAUAAAUCACAAGGAACUUUAGUUCGUUUUUGGUUCGGUAGAUAAUCAUAUCAACAACUCGGUCCAGAUACACCUCUGCCUGCACAAAAUGUAUUUUGACACCCUCACGAGGAAUUUAUUCAUCAUCUUGCUCCAAGUAAAAGAUAUUUUUCCAACGCAAGAAAUAAGUACAGAGAACAAUCUCGCAAAAUAUCUAAAUGUAUGGGUCGCCAACGUAUUCAGAGUUGGAAUCGGGGAUGGAUUCGAAUUGAUUACCACAAUGCAACAGUAUAAAUUGAAGGAAUUUGAAUACAAUAUCAGCAACAAUGUGAACCAUUUCAACAGCACGUUCUUCUUUCAAAACAUUAACUAUCGAGUAAUGGUGGACAAGGAAAGUGACCGAUGGGAACCUCCGUCAAUCCACUGGGAAUUUUCUAGCCAUAAAAUGGAGGUGUUUUUCAAAGUCCUUAGUAUCAGUAUAUCGGGUAUGAUUAGUGCAGAGAAAGGCCACAGGUUCUCAAAUUUUCACUCAGUACUUCACUUCAAAAAUUUCACAUCAACUGCUGUCGGAUCAUAUGCUAAAGAUAACGAUUUGAGCGUCUCAAACCAUGGCAUCAAAUACGAUACUCUGAAAAAUUGGCUGAAUAUAUUUUGGCACAAUGAAACGCUGGCAGUCAAAGAUCAAGAACACCUAGAACAAGAAAUAAGACCAGCUUUGGUAUCGAUGCUGUUGGAAAAUCUCCGCAAUAAUACGAAUUUCACCAACAAACUCGAUGAAAUUUUCCAAACGUACGAAACUCCUAGAAGAAAGCUGAUAUCAGAACAUCCUGAUUUCUCAAACAACCCUCAACAAUAUCACUGCACCGUACCUGAAACUCCCUUUCUUCAUCGUUUUACAUUAAAGGAUAUCGUUAUUCGAGGGCUGUGGAAUUUAGCAUCGCUUAAAGUUACAUUCAGGGAGUUUGCAACUAUCAAACACUUGCUUAUAAAAAACAUUCGAGGGAGGAUGACUUUAGAUUAUAGAUUUGAAAAUGAACCCGAUUUAGAAUUACAGUUCCAAUCCGGUGGCAUUAGUUUAUUAUUAGGUGACGAGUACAAGUGGGAACGAGCUUAUGGAACCAAUUUUACCUUUACGCGAGCAAAAACGAACGUCUCGUUGAGUUCUGAGCAUAAAUGGCGGAUAAUGAAUACGUUCGUAUGGACUGUAGCUUCUUCUUUAUUACCCUCGGCGAAAGGUAAAGAUGAAAUUAUUUGGCAUUCUAUACCGAAUUCGACGUGGUUCAAAAACGAAACCGAUUUGGCAAAAAUAAAAAAAGAGUACAAAACUUGGAUUCCAUUUAAUGGCGUAUGAUGACGUGAUCACCGGAAAUGAGCCUUUCAUUUGCCAGUAUUAUCUACAAGUAGAUGUCCUGUGUCCUAAAAAAGUUGAUUAAUAAAUCUCCCAAAUACCCAAUAGUAGGAAAAAAAUUGAAGGAAUGAAAUAACUAAGCGAAUGAGCUCAUGCAAAGCGUGCAAAAAGACUCUUCUGGGAAAUACGAGUAGGUAUAUUUUACGAAAAAUGUUUAAUUAAGGCUAAAAAUUUUAGCGUUUCAAAAAAUAAUCAUAAAUUUGUCUACAUAGAAACGACAAUAAAAUGCACGAGAGAAGCGAA